GGGGAGGAGGGGGAGGGGAGGGACGCAGUGGGUGAACAAUCCUAGAAAGUUUGUGCAAACUAACGUCGCAGCCUAAAACCCGAGAGACUGUGAGUCAUGGAUCCAAGGACCGUCCGUGGGAAGCGUGACACACUGGGUUUGCCUGCGGGGACGAGCGGCGUGAUGUCAGCGGGUUUACGCGACAGGACCGCUGCCCUCUUAUUUUGUCUGCAGAGGCAACAGCGUGAGUUGGAAGAGUUGAGCGCAAAGAAGGAGGAGCGCAAACAGGUGUUGGAGAGUUUGCAGCAACGCCUAGAUGAGAUGCACAAGAAGGUUAAGGAAGUGGCGGAGUUACACUUGGGCUUUGACAUGUUUCUCAAGGAAGCUGAUGCUGAUCAAGUUGCAGAGAAAGCAGAGAAGGUGAGUAAAGAGAAGCUUCAAAAGGAGGCAGAGAUAAGGAGGCUGAAGGAGGAGGAUGCUAAACUGAUGGAGAGGAAACAGAAGCUACAGCGUCGGGUGCAGAGGCACUCUGUGUAUCAAGACUUCAUGGAGCAAGUGGUCAAAAUGACUAAGUUCAAAGAUGUGCAGCUUCUCACGGGUCACUUAGAGAGUCUUGUCCACUUUAAGGACGAGCUCUCUCGGCGGGAGAGUGAGGCACAGGAGCAGGCUGACCAGUGGAAAAAAGCACUGCGGACAUUGGAGGACCAGCAUCACUUCCUGCAGCUACACAAGAACAACCAGCUGUCCCAGCUCCAGACCGAGCUGGACGAGACGCUCUCUGAAACUCUAACAUGGGAAAGGGAGUGGAACCACAUUCAGGGAACAGCAGCAAAGAAAACACUCCUAUUGGGACAGAUUAAGAUGGCAACCCUCAACCUCUUUGAAGUGAUAGAUGACAAGGUAGAAGGAGAGGAAGGUGUGGAUAUGAAUGACACAGAGAAACAGCUGGACAAGGUCAAGAGGAAUAUCCAGGACUAUGUUGACAUGGUGACACAACAUCAAACUCCCUCAAGCAGAUGCAGCAAUGGAGAGACAAGAAGAGAACGGAAAAGAGACGAGGCCAAAAAGAGCACCGGAAAAAAGACUAAUUGUCAGUGACGUAAGGUAGUUACAACGGGCCCCAAUGCAAACUAUCAUGAUGGACAAUAGCUACUGCUAUAGAUACUGACACUGGACAACAUUGCAUAUCUGUAUAUGACAAAAAUACCAAAGAAAAUACUCAUUUAAUAUUUUGUUACAGAUACUACUGCUACUGACUAUUUUACAAAAAAGUGGAAACCAUGUUAGAGAUGGAUUUGCUAUAUAUAGCUAAUGGCAUCAUUUUUCAUUUAACACAAGUUCUUCUUUGAACACGGGUGUAUUUUACAUUGUUGGAGGGCGGGCUUGUUCACUCUCCAGGCUAUUCUAAUCCACAGGCUCCAGUGCACCUGCACUGUGUGCUGCUCCAUGCUGCUUUAAAACUGAAUUCACGAAACCAGUUCUGAAUGGUCAAUUUAAAGUUUGUUCAUUAGUUGUUUUAAUGUAAACCCUGCAAGUUAACAAACGUCAAUAAAGUUGUGUAAAGUAAGAAUAAAUAUAUGUUCCGAGUUUGUCCAAAGAAGAGAAGCCACCUCUGUUACCAUUGUUGUUAAGUGCCAAAAUACAUGUGACAAGGAUGUCAUAACUAAAAUCAGUCCUGCUGACUUCAGAUCAAACUGGGCUGUGGCCCAUGAACUAAACAGGGUUUGAUACCCCUGAUUUAUUCACUCAUUCUAAUUGUCAGGAAUUGAUAAUACGUUCUAAAACUAUUCUAAUGGUGGUACACUGUAAACACUGUAUAUCUAGUUGCAGUAUCAGAUAACUUAUACUGCUGGUGGUUCAAUCCUGGGCUGCUGCAUGACUGAAGCAACACAAGGUCCUGUACUACCACCUUGUGGCAGUUGAAAGAACAGGUAUACCCAAAUGAAGCUGUCCCUGUUUGAACUUAUUUAAGCUCGUCUGGUCUGUUUUCAGUUUAAAGGUGAGUUGAAUUAUUUGACAUUAUUAAACUCCAUGUACCUACAACAAUUACAGCCAACAACUGUACACUCAAGAAGAAAUCUAAACUUCCAAACAUUUCUGAGGAUGUCCACUGAUUUUAAUAAAUAGUAAAAUAUUUCAUUAUCUGCUGCUGCU